AUGCGCGACUUUCUCUCCCUUAUGGCGUUGGCUGGUAUCUUCGCCACAACCUCUGCUGCCGUCAUUCCUUCACCCUUCGCAGCAACUUCUUCCAAGGCCCUAUUUCCCCGCUCAGCCCCGUCUAACACGACGUCCCGGGUUCAAGUCGAGAAUGCUCACCUCCUUGCAGUCAGCGGAACCUGCACCGGACCCGUCAAAAGCUCCCCAAGCACCUACUGGCUCGCCGAACAAGACCACACCGGAGUUCCGCGCGGAUAUGCCCCCCACGUCUCCAACCCUAACUAUCCCGUCUGGCGCAACGUCCUAAACUACGGCGCCCGCAACGACGGCUCCGGCGACCAGACCUCCAGCAUACAAAAUGCCAUAAACGACAACGGUUCCGGCGGCAGCCGCAAAAGCAGCGGCGUGACGCGGUAUCCCGCCGAGGUCUUCCUCCCGGGGGGAACGUAUCAGCUCGGCAGCACACUGGAACUGCGUGUCGGCACGGUUAUCACUGGUGAUCCGUUGAACCCACCUGUGCUGAAGGCAGCGGCGGGGUUCAAGGGUGAGUUCUUGGUUAUGGGGUAUGACUCGGGGAACGGAAAUCCCGAGACGAGUUUCAUGACCCUCGUUAGGAAUGUGGUGCUUGACACUACGGCGCUGUCUCCUGCGAGGGUGAUUACAGCGUUGCAGUGGGGGGUUGCGCAGGGGUCCGGGUUGACAAAUGUUAGGGUGGAGAUGCCGAGUAGUUCAACUGGGCAUACAGGGAUUUAUAUUAAGGCUGGUUCGACGAUUGCGGUUACUGAUGUGCAUAUUACUGGUGGUGCAGUGGGUAUCAAAAAUUCUAACCAGCAGGUUAACUUCAAGAAUAUCUCGUUCAAGUAUUGCACGACUGCGUUUCAAGCGGCAGGGGGCCAUACUGCACUGUUGCAGGGUGCAACCUUUGACACCUGUGGUUUUGGCAUCGAUAUGACUGGCAAUGGACUCGGUAGUCUGGUCCUCCUUGACUCGUCUUCCGUUAACUCUGGGAUUGUUGUCAAGUUCCAUGAUUCGUCGAACGACGGCGGGAAUCGGAAUAGUCAGAUCCUGAUUCAGAAUCUCGCACAUAAUACCAACAAUGCUAUCGCUAUUGAUAGCAAGGGGAACGUGAAGCUGGGAGCUGUGUCGCAUGUCGACACCUGGGUCUGGGGAAAUGUUACCCCUGGCCAGUACGAGAGUGGAACCAGCUUUAGUACCUCGCGUCCGGAUAUACUGCUUGCGGGUAAUAAGUACUUCACAAAAGCGCAGCCAACGUACGCGGAGUACGGCAUUGAUCAGAUCGUCAAUGUGAAGGCUGUUAACGGCCACAUCGUCAAGGGUGACGGUUCCACCGAUGAUAGCGCAUCCCUGAACGCUAUCCUCGCAGACAAUGCCGCGAACUGCAAGAUCACCUACUUCCCCUACGGAGUGUAUAUCGUCAAAGAUACGCUAGUCAUCCCCAAAGGCUCGCGGAUUAUGGGUGAGGCCUGGCCUGUGAUUGCUGGCGCGGGCGAUGCGUUCAAAGACUCUAAGAACCCCAAGACAGUUGUGCAGAUCGGGCAGCCAGGCGAUGUUGGGGUGGCAGAAAUUCAGAACAUGCGAUUCAGCGUUGCAGAAAUUCUCCCAGGAGCUAAGAUUCUCGAGAUCAACAUCGCGGGCAGUGCCCCGGGCGAUGUGGCUUUAUGGAACACUAUCGCCACUGUCGGCGGAACAGCGGAGACCACUAUUGCCAACAGCUGUACUGAUCAGGACACCUCCAAGUGUAUGGCCGCCUUCAUGGUUCUGCAUCUGACCAAGAGCUCUUCCGCGUAUAUUGAGAACUUCUGGGGCUGGACAGCGGAUCAUAACCUGGACGGCGGACCGAUCACUAUCAUCUCAACUGGUCGUGGUAUCUUGGUGGAGGCCACCCAGGGCACCUGGCUGACAGGUACUGGCUCGGAGCACCACUGGCUGUACAACUACAACUUCCACAAAGCACAAAAUGUCUACGCAGGUCUUCUCCAGUCCGAGUCCCCGUACAUGCAAGGCAAAGGCGCCACACAGACAGCUCCUGCCCCAUGGACGGCUGAGUCGAAGUUUGGCGACCCGGACUUCUCCUGGUGUGACGCCGCGGAUCAAAAAUGCCGGACCUCACUUGCUACUAACGUAGAUGGUGGAUCGGAUAUUCUUCUCUAUAACUCGGCCGCAUGGGCAUUCUUCAAUGGGCCCUGGGAUGGCACCUAUAGCCACCAGUGCGAGGGCUCGUGUCAGACAAACAUGAUGCGUGUUACGAACUCGCCUAACAACCUGGUUUGGUACUCUAUCAACACGCGCAAAACGGAUGUCAUGGUGUUGGAUAACAAGUCAAACCCUAUCGAGUACCACCACCCCGGUGGAUGGGAGGCAAUUAUUCAAGCGUACCGGCAGUUUUCUGGUGGUCAGUAG